AUGGAGAUUUGGAUUUGGGGUGAAGUACUCUGGGUUUCUGCAUUUAGACCCUUGCUUCCUACUUUGCCGCACCUGAGGAAGCAAGAGUUCAAGAAUCCCCCAAAUCACAGUCAGUCUUGGGUCUGGUCUGGGUGGAUUCCAUUACGUCUCUCAAACAGUCAGCCGGAUUUCCAAAUUGAGUCUGAAGGAACCCGAUCUUCUCUUUUCCGGUUUCCAUCAGAAGUUAGAGAGAACCCCAUUCUGAUUUGCCAGAUUCCAUCUGUGCUGCAGUUCUUACGCAGAUCAGGAGUCUUUUGCCCUAAGUUUGUCCACAAAAGUUUCCUUGAUCCAAAUCGAGACUCAUCUGAUGAUGAAGAUGAUAAGAACAUCGCAGAAAAGAAAAUGGUUAGAGAGGUACUAGUUCCAGUGACGAACUCGAAGACCUCUAAUAGUCUGAAGACCCUUGUGCCGUGUGGAACAAAGGAUCUAGAGGUUUCAGAGAAGAAGGGGAAAUCAAGCAGGUUCCGUGGUGUGCGCAAGCGACCCUGGGGUCGAUGGGCAGCCGAGAUUCGUGAUCCUGUGAGAAAAACCCGGAAGUGGAUUGGCUCAUACGACUCUGAGGAGGCUGCUGCUGCGGCAUAUCAGGCAUAUGCAAACCAGAUCCGUGAUGAGGUGUUAGCCAUUAAGACUCAACAGUCUGUAUCAGAACGUGCACCUCUAUCAAGUUCCUCCUCGGUUUCCUGCCUAUCUUCAUCUGCCCCGUGUGAGCAGACAGCGCAUGAACCGCAGAAUAGAGUGCUCGUGGAGAAAGAUCCUGAGCCUGUAGAUGAAGUCUUUCUGAACUUCUCCCCCACACCUAAAGAGAUUUCAAUUGACGAUCUGCUAGGACGGAUAGAUGAGAUUCCUGUUUGUGACUCUGUCAGGCCAGCUGAUGAACUUCCACUUGACAAUUUCACGAGGCUGGAAGAUGCAUUCCCAAUUAGUGAUUUUAUCGGUUCAAGAGAUGAGCAUCCGUAUGAUCACUAUAUUGGUCUGGCAGACAUUAGCCACCUGCCUCUUCCAAUGAAUGACCCAGCUUUCAAUAUGGAUGCAGAGCUUGAUUGGAGUGGGUUCGACUUUGCUGCAAUUGAACAUGAACUUGAUGUCCUUUGA